UCGGCUCCCUUUAUCGCAUAGAUAGAUACCUUCAUUUUGUGAACCGUCCCCCAUGUAUUUUUAUAAAAAGGUAACAAAUCUUCGUGGCGACUAAGUUUUAAACAUUUGUAACAUAGAGGUGGAUAGGCCUGCAUUGGAUUCAAUGGAAUUGCAAGCAGUGCUGGUCUUGUGUGGUGUGGGAGUUAUUGUAGUUGCUGUAUUAUUGCUAAUGGGGUUGUUUUCAACCUCUGGCACUAGCUAUGAAGAAGCUAUUGCCCAGCAACGUAAAGCCACAACUGAAUUGCUUGCCUUAGCAGAAAAUAAGAACAAGCCAAAAAAGAGCAACAAAAAGGCAAAUAAAAAGUUAGCAAAGAAGGAGAAAAACAAGGAAAAUGCUGGACUAACAACUGGCAGUGAACUUGAGAGUGAGGCACCAGCGGAGAGUGGCAUUGAUGAUGAUACUGUUCCUGCAGCAAAACCACAUGUAGAAUUUUGUCCACCGGUAGUUGUAGAUGUUCCUCGGGAUUCACCCCCAAAUAUUAAGAUCCGCAAACGCAGUAAGGAUCCUAAAAUUAAACCAAUACUAUUAAAUAAAGAGGAUCCAAGCUGCAUUAGCAAUUCGAACCCGCUACCUUUACCCACCGCAACUGUGGUCUCCAACCAUUUUGAGGAGAUGCAUCCUAAGGACGAGUUCGAGUUAUUGCAAUCGUCACUCGCCGCUGAAAAAUUGCCCGAAAAGAAAGAAGAGAUAAUAGAGAAAAAGGAGAAUAAAGCAGCUAAAAUAGUAAAAGUAGGCAAAGUAAAUUCGAAACCCAUUCCGCCUACUGAGUCCAUCAGGGAUGAAGUCGCUCCAGAGCGAAACUACAGUGCCGAUGUGCCAAAAGAACAACGUAAAGGUAGGAAAGCUGAGAAAAAGGUUGGGAAUGAAGAAAAGUCAGAUCUUGUUAGAGAGGAGGUUAUUCCUCCAUUGAACACACCACAACCAAGUGAGCUCACCACAGAAAAAUUGCUGAAGCAAGCACUGGCUCCAAGCUCAGCACCAGCUGUUGCGGCCCCGCCACCAGUCAUCAGGAACAAGAAAAAGAAGCCCGAGCCAAACAUUGUCACACUUAUGGCUGGUGAUGGCGGUGUGGGCGUGAAUGUGGGCGAACUGGUGCGCGUGGUCCGCGAGGCACCUCUAUCGCGCACCGAAAUACAGAUUCUCACCGACGCACUGCUCAACAAGCAUCACGACCCGCUACCGGAGCACUCAGAGUGGACCGAGGGACCCAAUGAUCCUAUUCAGAAGUUGAAAAAACAAUUAGCCGAUAAAGAGAAAGCACUGGCUGAUGAGAUGGAAGCAUCGCAAGCUCUUCAUGCAAAAUUAAAGGAGUUGAGGUCAUCGCUGAAUACGGAGCGAGGGCGUUCAGCGGCGACGACUCGUGCGGCUGAGCAGACAGCGGCGGCUCGCGCGGCCGAGCUGCACACGCUGCAGGCGCGGCUACAGCGACUGCACGACGACAACCGCGCCCUGCAGCAAGACAAGCUCCUCCUUCAAUCGAAAUUGAAUUCUGAAGGCGAAGCCCAAGCGCAACGAGUUCAAAUGGAGAUGCACAUUCAAAGACUGACAGAGAACGAGGGGCAGCUGGUGACGCAGAUAAACGCGCUGCAGACGGACUUAGGCGCGCUGCAGGCGGAUCGCGCCGCGCGGGCCGUGGACUUGAUGCUGGCGCAGCAGCACCACGCAGAACUCGCGCAGCAGCUUCAGGACGCAAAUCGCCUGUGUGGCGAAUAUGCAGAGCAGUUGAAGUUUUCACAAGAGAGACACAAUGCCACAGCCGAUCUGCAGGCUGAUAUUCAGCGGCUAACAGCGCGAGCACAGACAGCAGAGAAUAAUCACGAAAAACUUAAGGAAGAAACUGAGAAACAAAAGCAGCAGUUGUCAAACGAACUCUCAUCCCUGAAGGAGCAGUUGACUGCACGCGAGUCGGAAUUGGCGGAAUUGAAACAAUUGAAAGUGCCUGCGCAAAAUGGAUUACCUCCCUCGAAUGCGAGUGAUCAACAUAAGGCUGCAGAUCUUGCCAAGAUCGAGAAUGUGGUGGAAUCUCUUCGUAGUGAACUAGCGAAUGCACAAACUGCGAGCAAGGAGCAACGCGAGCAACUGUUACGAUUGCAGGAGCAACUCUCUCAGUACCAGGAAAAGAACAAUGAGUUGCGAAUUAAAAACUGGAAAGUAAUGGAAGCCUUACAAUCUGCUGAAAAAUCUCUGCAGUCAAAAACAACCCGUGCGUUGCCGGCACAAGACUCGUUGCGCGAUGAAAUAUCCAAGGCACAGGAAGCACAGUAUAUUGAAGUAGCAAAUGUAUUACGUGCUGUGUGCCCGGCUGCAGCGCCGAGCUCAGUGGCCGAUCGCGACUGGCUUUUGACAUUUGCGAAUAAUCUUAAGACAGAGUUAAAGAAGAAGGAAACAGAGCAGCUUUUGGAGAAAAAAACCACCGCAACACCGACGACAGACACUCGCGUUACUGAACUGACCACUAAGAAUGAACAAUUACAGAGUCUCGUGGACAAAUACAAGAAAAUUAUUGAUGACACGGAGGGCGUUCUCAGCCAAUUACAACAUAAUGUGACGACAGAAGAAGGAAGGUGGGCGGAGCAACUGGCUGAAAAACAACGCGAACUGGAUGACCUACGACAGAGGACAGUUAUGCAGAUGCAGGAAAAAAUUGAUUCUUUGCAAGCGGAACUACAGCAGGCGCGAUCUGCUAACUACAAUCACAGUUUUGCAGACUCUGAACGACACGCGGAGGAACGGUUAUUGGCUGGCUUGUCAGAUAAAUGUGGCAUCGAAGUGUGCAAUGGACCGUUACAGGUGGGGUUAGAAGAAAAAUAACAAUUAAAUAAGACAAGAUUGUUUAAAGCAGUAUCUGGGUGUCAUUCCUACUUGGCAACCGUAGCAAGGCACAGGUAACGCUAGUGUACAUGCUGCUUGCGUUGCCGAUAUUCAACGAUAAGCGCAACCAAGAAGUUCAAUUUAGUAAUAACUCCGUCAUAGAAUACGAAAUAUUAACUUUAUACUUGUAUGGAAAAAAUAGCAGUAAUUUUUAUCAGACUAACGAUAGAUAUAUUAUGCCACUAUGUCUGAGUAUCCGUAUAAUUGCAAUAAACUUAUCCACAUUCACUUAUCGACACAAUAAGAUGCUCAAGUUAGUGUUAACAAAUCGUCUUUAUUUUAGAAUAAAUAAUUUUUAAAUUGCUUAUAAUUAUAAUUUCUGUUUAAAAGACAACGCGUUUACUUUAGAGACAGGAUGCAUUGUUUCUGGCGACAGAGUCCGUAAUUGGAGCGUGAUAAGAUAUAUAUUUUAUUUUAAAUAAGCAUAAAUUGCGCCCAUCCCGGCAUAGUAAUCCGUGUAAAUUAUUUUAUAAUAUAAUGAACAUAAGAAAAUGAAUUUUUUGAGGACUAUAUUUUAAUUUGGACUGUUAUUUGAUUGUUGUAUUAUCGUCUGUGUUGAAUGUUUGUGAUCAUUUUGGCAAUUAUUUUGAAUAUAAAUUAGUUAAUUGUUGCUUCCAAUAAUUUCUAAUUCAUAUUAAUAUAUAAAAUAAAAUAUAAUUUUAUUUCUAAAUUUAUUGAAUAAUGACUGGAAAAUAUAACAUAUAUAAAUUGAAAUGUUGCAAUAAAUUUUAUUAUUUCGUAAUUCUUUAUUUAGUACUAAUAAAUGUUGAUCCUUUUUGCUGUAGUAGUAAUUAUGAUUAUAUGAUUGAGCUCGUAUGAUUACUAUUGAUUCAGGAAAACUAUGAUAUUAAAAAGUAGUAGUAUCGUUAGGCCUGAACAGAUCCUAUUUAAGUGGCCAUUAGUGCAUGUAUAGCUGCCAUUGCUGAAUUAUGGGCAAUUUUUAUAUUUUGCAGCUACCGAAUUAUGAAUUUAAGUAUUCUUAACGAUUUUAAAGAAUGUUAUUUACUCUUUACAUUUAUAUUAUUUAUUAAAAAAAUUUUUUUUGUAUCUAAUGCAUAAUCAUUUCUGUCAGUGCCUUAG